GCCUUCACAUGCUGAUCUGCGGUCUGUUAUUUAAACAUCUCCCCCGAGACUUUGGCCAAAACUGGUAGCGAACAAACCGAUACUAAAUCAGCACUUACAGAGCGCCGCGUUCAUGAAAGCAGGAAGUGAAACUUGUCGCCACUGCGAUCAAAACUUUCAGACAUAAACAUUAGACAAACAGUUGGAAAUAUAGAUUUUCGUUCGUUCUGCUCGUUUUGCCAGCUAGCUAACUAGCUAGUCCUCAGAUAUGGACAAGCUUCGUCGUGUGUUAAGCGGCCAAGAGGAAAAUGAAGAGUUGGGUCUUACUGCACAGGUCCUUGAUGCCAGCACUCUCAGCUACAGCACCAGGGUGAAAUGGUUUGUCAUAUGCUUUGCCGGAGGCAUCCUGUGUUCAAUACUUGGUACGGCACUGCUGUUCGUUCCAAAUGGAAUCAAGCUUUUUGCCGUCUUCUACACACUAGGGAAUUUUGCGGCUCUAUCCAGCACCUGCUUCCUAAUGGGACCCAUAAAACAGCUGAAGCGCAUGUUUGAAAAAACAAGACUGAUAGCCACCAUUGUUAUGCUGCUCUGCCUUGUCUUAACUCUUUGUGCAGUGUUUUGGUGGCAUAAAAAAGGGCUGGCUAUCAUCUUCUGUAUUCUGCAGUUUUUGGCAAUGGCGUGGUAUAGCAUCUCUUACAUUCCAUUUGCCAGGGAUGCUGUGAUGAAAUGCUUCACAACCUGUCUGAGUUAGGACUCCUUGGUCCCCAUUUUGGGAAGACUGGUCCUAAUAUUGAAACUGUAAGGACAGUGGCUCUGUAAAAUAUGCAUCUUUUGUUGUUUAUACAAUAUAUCUCCAGAUUUUUACUGUGGCUUAUUCAAUACUGUGAAUCCUCGCUUUUUAAGUCUAACUGAAGGUCUAUAACUAUAAUCAGAUUAUAUCACUUAUCUUUUGCUUCUAAAGUGAAAGAAGUGCCUUUAAUAUAUUAUAUUUAAAAGAUUUUUAUACCAAAUACUGUAAGUACAGGGAAAUUAUUUUGACUUUGCUAUAAUUAACAACACUUUCAUAUGUCCUCACAUGAAAUGAAUAGGGUCGAUGGAGACAUUGAUCAACCAUACAUGACAUGACUUUAUGCAUUUAACAGUGUGAAAUUCCAUUUUCCUGACUUCUUACAAGCAUCAUUAAAACGGUUUGCCUUUGCUCCUUUCUGUCUGUGUGCGAGGCACUGAUGCAUGAAGAGGCUCCCAGAUGCUAUCCCAUAUUGAUAGAUAGAAUUAUCUAAGGCAAUUGAGGUACUGCUUCACUGAUGAUGCACUGGGAUAUAUGAUACCCACAGCUCUUUUGAGUUUAUCCAGCUAAAUAUAUUAAAAAGCAGCUCCUGUCUAGUCUGUUCAUAUUUAUGCGUGUUUGAACACACCUGCCCCCCCCCCCCCUUAGCUCAUCAAAUUACAUUAAAAUGACUUCUCCUCUUUAAAUUUGAUUUCCUGCCAGAUAAAGCAAUGCCCCCCGUUAGUUGCGCUUUCUUGAGCAUUGUGAUUUUGAUGUGACCUAAUAACCCAGAAUAGCUUGCAUUGAGUUCCCCGUAUUGCUUUGGCACGAUGGCAUAGCCUUUGAGGAUGCGGUUGUCAUGACAACCUCCCCUGGAAUAUGCCUAACCUCAGCCUUCCCCCCAUCUGUGGUGCAAUGUUCACAUUAUCCUGAGGAAGUGUGCCGUUUUCAUGUUUUAGAACACUUUGGACCGGCAAUCAGUCAUUGUUAUAAAAAAAUAUUUUAAAAACGGUUGUAUGCAUCCUGUUUUCCUGUGUUUUAUCUGCAGGAUUUGUUCAAGGGUAUUAUGCCUCCAGGUUUUCUUUCUGCAUGAUGCGACUAAAUAACAGGAUUUCACUUCCUGUUGUGCAGCCCCCACAGUUUGAUUAGAUGCUUGUAUAACGUGGUGGUGGAUUAGCAUGGACAAAAUCUCCCCUCUAUACUACUAGUUCAACUAACUCGGCAGACACCCUGCAAAUCCUUGAGCGAUUUAAUCUAAGGGAUGAAAUAAUUCUGUUGAGUGAAGCUUGUUUUUGUGAUCGUUUUUCUUUGCCUGCUAUUUUUGGAUUAGGGCAAAGUUUAAGGAUGGAGGGGAAGUACCCUGACCUCAGCAAGCAAUCUGUUAGUCUCCCAACUGUUUCCUUUUCUAUUCCAUCAAAUCUGUUGUUAAAUCAGAGAGGAGAGGGAUCCCACGCCACAGCAAACCACUUAAAUAAAACAAACCUGUGUUCCCCUUCGCCCUAAUUCUCCUGCUCAUCUUGAAAAAAUUAAU